UCCUCUUUUUUCUUCUGUCUUUCUUUCUUUCUUUGUAUUCAUUCCAAUCUUCAAAAUUUGCACCAAGUUCCUCUCUUUACAUCUUCUGUUGCUUCAAACUCUUCUUUCCCUUCCUCAAGAUUGCACCUUUUACUCUUAUGGUCAUGGGACACACCAUACCCCUCCAUAGCUUUUGGCAUCCAUUCACACUCUUCUGUCUGAUUCUUCUGUCUACAAACCCUUCUCACUCAAUUGACAUUCACCCACAAGACAAAAUCUCACUUUUAAGGUUCAGGUUAUGGAUUCAAGACCCCAACCAAAGCUUGUCCAACUGGGUAGGGUCCAAUUGCACUAGUUGGACUGGAAUCACCUGUGACAACAACACUGGCAGGGUGGUUUCCAUUAACUUGACCAGUUUGAACUUGUCAGGCCAAAUCCACCCCAGUUUUUGUGACCUUUCAUAUCUUAACAAGGUGGGUUUGUCCCACAACAACUUCACUUGCCCUCUUCCUGUUUGUUUUGGAAACUUGCUUAACCUCAGAGUCAUUGAUCUCAGUCACAACCAGUUUCAUGGUGGAAUACCAGACUCUUUCAUGAGGCUUAGGCACCUUACUGAACUUGCUUUGAAUGGGAACCCUGAUUUGGGAGGUUCACUGCCUUUUUGGAUUGGUAACUUCUCUGCAAAUCUGGAAAGGCUUCAUUUGGGUUUCAGUUCAUUCAGUGGAGGUAUACCUGAGAGUUUGCUUUACUUGAAGUCCCUCAAGUAUUUGGACCUUGGAAACAAUCUAUUGUCUGGUGUUCUGGUUGAUUUUCACCAGCCUUUGGUUUUUCUUAAUCUUGCUUCCAAUCAGUUUACUGGUACUUUGCCUUGCUUUGCAGCUUCAGUUCAGUCUCUAAGUGUGUUAAAUUUAGCUAACAAUUCUAUUGUGGGGGGACUACCUGCUUGUAUUGCUUCCUUUCAAGCUUUGACUCAUCUAAACCUAUCAGGGAACCACUUGAUGUAUAGAAUAUAUCCAAGGCUUGUGUUCUCUGAGAAGCUUCUUGUUUUGGACUUAAGUAAUAAUGAUUUGUCUGGUCCUAUUCCCAGUAAAAUUGCUGAGACCACCGAGAAACUGGGCCUUGUUCUUCUUGACCUUUCUCACAAUCAAUUCUCUGGUGAAAUUCCCUUGAAAAUUACUGAGUUGAAAAGCUUGCAGGCCUUGUUCCUUUCUCACAAUCUUCUUUCUGGAGAAAUUCCUGCUAGAAUUGGAAAUUUGACUUAUCUUCAAGUCAUUGAUCUCUCACACAACUCUUUGUCUGGUACCAUUCCAUUCAGUAUUGUUGGUUGCUUUCAGCUCUUUGCUCUGAUACUUAAUAACAACAAUCUUUCUGGGGUAAUUCAACCGGAGUUUGAUGCAUUGAAUAUCUUGAGGAUACUGGAUAUAAGGAACAACAGGUUUUCCGGUGCUAUUCCACUCACUUUGGCUGGAUGUCAAUCUCUGGAGGUUGUAGAUUUUAGUUCCAAUGACCUUUCUGGAUCGUUGAAUGAUGCAAUAACCAAAUGGACAAAGCUCAGGUAUCUUUCUCUUGCUCAGAACAAGUUCAGUGGACCUUUGCCUAGUUGGUUGUUCACAUUUGAAGCAAUAGAAAUGAUGGAUUUCUCACAAAACAAGUUUUCUGGCUUCAUACCUGAUAUUAAUUUUAAGGGGAGCUUAAUGUUUAACACAAGGAAUAUCACUGUUAAAGAGUCAUUGGUUGCAGCAAAAAGGGUUGAACUGAGAGUUUCAGUGGCUGUUUCUGAUAGCAAUCAACUCAGCUUCACUUAUGAUCUUUCCUCAAUGGUUGGAAUCGAUCUAUCCAACAAUUUGCUACAUGGGGAGAUUCCAAGGGGCUUAUUUGGCCUAACUGGCCUAGAAUAUAUGAAUUUGUCAUGCAACUUUCUAGAUGGACAGCUUCCAGGUUUGCAGAAAAUGCAGAGUUUGAAAGCCUUAGAUUUGUCACAUAAUUCUUUGUCAGGACAUAUCCCAGGAAACAUUUCUAGCCUUCAAGAUCUGAGCAUCUUGAAUCUGUCUUACAACUGUUUCUCUGGAUAUGUUCCCCAGAAGCAAGGGUAUGGAAGAUUUCCUGGUGCAUUUGCUGGAAAUCCAGAUUUAUGCUUGGAAUCUUCAAGUGGAGUAUGCGAUGAUGGAAGGAUUCCAUCUGUGCAAGGAAGUUCUUUUGGGGAAGACAGGAUGGAUGGACCAAUAUCUGUGGGUAUUUUCUUUAUCAGUGCCUUUAUUAGUUUUGAUAUUGGUGUUGUUGUUCUCUUCUGUUCUGCUCGGGCAAGAAGUUACAUUCUCCAAACAAAAGUUUGAUUUGAUGCUUGUGACAAUGACAAACUUUCUCCUGCAAAUUCCAUUGGGUAGCUUUUUUCUCGUUUCAAGUAAGCAUACACAUUCUGUGAUUAGGAAUAUGGUCUGGCCAUCAACUUCAUAGGUGUUCUCUUUGCUACCAAGUCCUCUCUACUCAUCAUUGCUGAACAAGUGUUCCAGAAUUGACAGGACCAAAAUGUCAUGAGUUGGAAAAGGUUUAAACAACACUUUAUGUCUCUGGCCUUAUCUAUCUGAAAAAAGACUAUUCCUGCAUAAUUUAGCCGAGAAAAGAAAAGAAUGGAUGGCUAUGGUGAUGAUUUGAUCCGAGUAAAGACAAGUCCCGCAUCAUUUAGUUGGUUUUUCUCUUUUGCUGGAACUUGGUUGCUCAAAUUUAAGAUGCAUCAUCACAUCCAUUCAGAUACCAUGUUAUUUAUGUUCAGAGGGGACUAAGCAGGGAACAUGCCUGAUGUAUAGUCUAGUUAUGGUGAAAUUUUGAUCUUGGUUGUCAAAUUGCAUAUUUACAAGCACGUUUACUUGGAGAGAACAUGUAUCAUUCUAGAUUAAGCUAGCUCUUUUUUGGGGUGGGAACCGAGACUUCCCUGUAGUAUUUAGACUGCAAAUUGAUGUAGUGAAGAGUGGUAAGUGCAGACAUGAAGAUGAAAUGUGUAGGUUCUCAUAAAUCUAAGCUUUUUACUGUCUUCAUUGCCUCCAUCUUAAUACUGUGAUUU